AUGGGUAAGGGUUUCUCAAACCGAGAUCCCCCUCUUCCCUCCAAGCUACUCAUAAAAAAAAAACGGUUCACACAACAGUCCAUCAAUCAGCUCCGUAGCAGACAAUUCCCCUCCUCGCGUCGCCCAUGCACCUCUCGGUCUCGCGUGCCUUGUCCUCUGAGGCCAGUCUUGAUCUCUUCCAACUCCUGCCUCCCACCUCCCAUCAACCUCGACCUCCAGCCAUCAGCUUCGUCCAUCGACUACCCAACCGCCUCGAAACCAACCACCCUGCAUCGGCCACCAUCCCCGCCCAAGCUCCCCCGAUGUCACAAACUCGCCUCCAGAUCCAGAGCAUCGCCACAGCUGCAAUGUCCGUUCCCCUGGUCUGAAUGCUUCCGCAUUUCGACUAGGUACCGUCUGUGUACUGCUCCGGGACGUCGGGAACAGCCUUUGCCCCGACGUCCCAGAGUAAGGAAACGAGGUCGUAGGAGCUUCCAAGUGGAACUGGGGUCAGCCUGGGUCUGA